AUGAUGUCAGAUCCGGCCAUUUCAAAGGCCGACCCGUCGGUCGAUACGGUGUCGAACGAGGUCAGGAGCGGCGAUGCUCGCGAACGACACUUGGAGAAUCUUGAAAAAUCGAGAUGGGAACGUAGUUGGCCUACCAUCGCCUGUGGUGCUGGUCUCUUCUCGGAUGGUUACCUGAACAAUGUUAUUGGUUCGGUCAACACGAUUCUCUCCACGAUAUACCCAGAUACCUAUAGCAAUUCGUCGGCAGUCAAAAAUGUUCCUUCCAUUGCGUUUGCAGGUACCGUUGUCGGACAGCUUCUCUUCGGCUACAUAAGCGACCACUACUCGCGCAAGUGGUCUCUGAUGGCCUCAACUGUUAUCCUGAUCAUCUUCGCCGCAUUGUCAGCUGGUUCCUAUGGUGCUGGAGGUAGUGAGGCAGGCCUCUUUGCUGCCCUGACCGCAUAUCGUUUCUUCCUCGGGAUAGGUAUAGGCGGCGAGUAUCCCGCUGGUAGCGUUGCAGCGGCUGAAAGUACAGGCGAAUUGAAACACGGUCAUCGCAAUCGGUGGUUUAUCAUGUUUACCAAUUUCCAAAUUGAUUUUGGCUUUGUCGUGUCCGCGCUGGUGCCGAUGAUUCUCGUCUUGAUCUUUACGGAAAACCAUCUGCGCGCUGCGUGGAGAGUGAUGUUGGGGCUGGGAGUGAUUCCUCCUCUGUCGCUUCUAUGGCUACGGUUGAAGUUGAAUGAGCCGGAGGAGUUCAACAGGGAGCGUAUGCACAAAUAUCCCGUUUGGCUGAUCAUUAAGUUCUACUGGAAACGCCUCUCGGUCGUCUCCCUCAUCUGGUUCAUAUAUGAUUUCUCCGCCUAUUCCUUUGGUAUUUACUCCUCCGUUUGGCUGAAAAUCGUCCUGGGUCCGUCCGCUCCCCUGUGGAAGACCUUUGGCUGGAAUACAGUGCUCAACCUGUUCUACAUUCCCGGUUCAUUCGCAGGUGCCUGGGUGAGUGACUGGAUCGGACCAAGGCAUGCCCUAGCACUAGGAGUUGGACUGCAGGGCGUGUUGGGCUUUAUUAUGGCUGGUUGCUAUAAAUAUCUUGCCACGCCGGAGAACGUUGCUGGCUUCGUUGUUGUAUAUGGCAUCUUCCUAUCCUUGGGCGAACUUGGGCCGGGCGAUAAUAUUGGCCUUGUAGCCUCCAAGACCAGUGCUACUGCCAUCCGUGGCCAAUACUAUGGUAUUGCAGCAGCUAUGGGUAAAAUCGGCGCGUUUGUAGGAACCUAUGUCUUCCCGAUCAUCAAAGACAAUGCACCAAACCCCAUUCGCGCAGGACAGGAUCCGUUCUUUGUGUCAAGUGCCCUGUGUUUGUUUAGUGCGGCACUGGCCAUGUUCCUAUUGCCGCAUAUCGGACAGGAUACCAUUACGUUCGAGGACACAAGAUUCAGACAGUACCUACAGGAGAACGGAUAUGACACGAGCACCAUGGGGAACCGGGAGACAGCUCCUUUGUAUCGCGUUGUUCCUUCAAUUGCCAGUAUCGGCCGCGAUAAGGUCCUGCGAACACUGCAAUACUUCUCCCGCUUCCUGGCCUGGUACCUCCUCCGUACGAACCGAACCCAAUCAGCCAUAAGCCCCUUCGAAGCCGUCAAGAAACAGUUCGGUUUAACCCGCAAACUGCUCCGGAUCGGCAAGAACAUCGAGCACUUCAAAGCUGCUGCUAUUGCCCUUGACUCCAAGCCAGGCGUUGCUGGCGCUCCCGGCUCAGACCCGGUGCUCAAAUAUCUAGCCGUGGGAAGACAGCUGGGUUAUGGCUUCUACCUCACGUUCGAUAUGGUGACGUAUCUCGAUGCGGCUGGUAUUCGCAAGUUAGCGGCGGUCAAGAAGCUGCAGACGCAUGCACAGAGAGCGUGGUUGACAGGGCUCAUGUGCAGUGCCAUUGCCGGAAUUUACUCCAUGUGGAGGCUGAGUGAGAUGGAGAAGAAGAUCAACAAGAAGGAUGGCGAAGGAGCUGUGGAAGGAAAGAAGAUUCAAAGGGAACGAGCAACUGUUUCGACGCAACUUAUUUCCGAUCUUUGCGACCUGACGCUUCCGCUGUCGAGCUUGGGAUAUGUCAACCUUGACGAUGGCGUCCUUGGUAUCGCCGGUACAGUGAGCAGUUUGAUAGGAUUGAACACCGCGUGGAAGAAGACUGCAUAG